CGCCUUACUCGUGUUAGAAAUGAAAAAAGAGCAUUAAAUGGGUUUCAUUGAUUCAGACAGAGAGCAGUUCAGAGCGAGAGCUACGUUCAUCAGAUUAUGACCUACCAUUCAAAAACAAUAGCUUAAAAGAAAUCAUGCUUGUCAAAUUUACCUGCGCUGUAGUCACCAGGAUAUUAUUCAUUUUAGUGUCUCUUAUCGGAGUAUGGAGGGUGACUUGGGUGAAAAAUAACACUUUAUACUGGUUCCUGACUAUUCUUUAUCUGCCCCUCGUGGCUGAAAUGAUUUUAACCCUGAAAAGGAGAAAAGGGAAGGACUACAAAUGGUUUUCUCCAGCAAUUCUGUUUUUCCUCAUGAGUAUUAUACCGACCAUAUGGAUCCUUGAGUUGCACCAUCAGCAAAACAGUUCACAUGAUACAAAGUGUAACAAACUGGAUUCAUCUGACAGCAUUCAAGUGUUUCUUGAUGAAUGGAGAAAUCUGACCAAUGGAACAAUGAAACCACAGGAUCCUCUUAAAUUGUUGUCAUCAGUCUGUGCCAAUGACUGGAUCCUGGCGCUCCAUCAGAUCCUCCUGAUCCUUCUGAUAGUGGGCAAGUGGCUACUGCCAAUCGCUGGAGGAGUCACCAGAGAUGAAAUGUCUCAGUUAUUGCUCAUCUUUGUGGGCAUAGCUGCUGAUAUUCUCGAGUUCAUCAGUGAGACGCUGUCUGAUGUCAAGGAGAACAGCCCACAGUUUGUGUAUGUUAUUCUCGCAGUAUGGACAUGGAGCAUGCUUCAGUUUCCUCUUCAUAUCUCAGUGGUGAACAGUGGAACAGAGGACUUCUCUGGAGACUCUCUCUUCUCCAAACACAGGACAGAUAUAUGGAACAUUGUGGAGAGUCUUUUUCUUCAAGACGGCCCUUUCCUUUUUGUUCGACUGACGGUCAUGAUACAUUUUUCUGUCUUUCAUCAAAUGCUGGUCUUCUUUGCCAUUAAGAACUUUUUAGUGGUGAUGCUUAACAUUUACAGACUGUGGGUCAUUUGCAUAGAUUACAGAUCUUGACGUGUGACGUGUCAAAACAGAGUCCCUUGCGGAACAGCCAAUGCAGUGAGUGUUUGUGUCAUUGAUGUUAUUGUGAGAAUAACUGUACCUGUCUCAAUCCUGUAAUAUGCCAAAUUUUUACCUUUGGUCUCAUUGUGAAGUUUCAGGAUUUGUAGAUUAUACAAUUGUUAGAAUUUGGAGGGUUCCCCUCUUAGGAAAAUUAAGCAUGGUUUUAUUACAGUUAAAAAAGAAACAUGGUUACUGUACACUGUAAAAAAAUUGCUGUAGUUAUGCGGUUGUUUGCCAGUAACGUACUGUAGAUUUAAAUGUAUGUUAUUGGGUUUAGGCAGACUGAGUCGUUGAAUGGCUUCACACAAAUCAUUUGGGGAUCUCUGAGAAA